UAAAGUAUGGGCCACAUUUAAAGGAUAUUUUUCAAAGUUUGGACGAUUCUUUUACAUCCUCGGGACAUGAUAUUUCACUCGGGAAGAUUGGAAGUAGUGGGACUGUUGCCGACCAAUAUGUUGUUAUUCUGGGAAUCUUAACAAAGAUGACAAGCAAUCCACCACAAAUGUGUGAGAGGUUCAUUAGUUUUUUGCAUCCACUACUUCACCAAAAAUAUAUUGAAAAGAGAAGGACAGAUCCUGAAUUCAAGCAACUUGGACAUCUUGUUAUUUGUGGAAUAGCAUUUAUAGCAAGAAAAUUUUCUCAGAUAGAAACGGAAAGUUUUCACAAAAUCAUUGAUGUUUUUGCACGUGGCCAACAACUCCCUGAAGAAAUGUCUGAUUUUCUGUUGUCCGUAAACGCUACAGUAGCGCAGCCAUUUAUUUCUAGCUUGAAUCUCUCCGAGGGAACGAUGAUUCAGAUAGCCGAGUCCUAUAUUGCAAAAUCAAUUCCAGGGUUAGUCGUUCAUAACCAAGAUCGAAGGAAUCUUCCAAAACUGUCAGAUCAGUCUCAUUGGAUGGUAUCCGGAGGUCGAUUGUUUAAAAACUUUGUGCGUAUAGCAAUAAAAGUACCUGGAAUAUCGGGUAUUCAAAUUCAGAAUUGUAAGAAUUCGAUCGAAAGUAACCAGUUAGUGAAUGAAUUUGAUGUAUUGAGGUCAAUACAUGGAGGCAAAACUGCUAAUAUUGUGAAAUUGUGGGCAUUCAACCCUAACCCAAGUCCGUUAUCGUUUUACGUUAUUGAAAGGUUUCAGACAUUCCUGGUCGAUAAACUUUUGCAUGCACGAAAGUAUAAUGAAUUCCUUUCAGACGAUUGGAUGAAUGAACGACUGUUGGACGUUGGAGGUGCCAUUAAUUUUCUUCAUCAGAAGAAAAUAAUACACAGGGAUAUUACCAUUAACUCAUUUGCAAUAAUGGAAUAUCCAUCUCCUGGACACGAAAGAGCUGUCCUCUGUAGUCUUCAAAUGGCCUGCUCUAACGACGACGAAGUAUCAGCCAAAACGGGACAUAUAGCGGAUAUUCAUGGAGAGAACAUUCCCACCAGAUGGUCAGCCCCAGAAUCACUUUGGGAAGAUAAAUACGAUGUUUAUACUGAUAUUUGGAUGAUUGGUCACGUCAUCCACUCACUGUUCACUUACGGCUGUGAGCCAUAUACAGAGUUGUACAGUGAGACAACAGAUGACAUCAUGGCGAAAGUCGUCUCCUGUGGACUGAAACCUUAUAAAUGGCCUUGUGUUCCUCUGCCUUACCACAAACUAGCCGCCGACUGUCUGCGCUUUGACAAAGGAAAAAGAACAAGCAUUGAUAUAAUCUGUGAACGAUUGAAAGAGAUAAGAAAGAAACAAGAUCGUGUUGAGAAAUCUUGCUAUUGUGAGCAUGGGUUACCCAAAAUCUCAGAUCAGCAAACUGGAAGACAACAUAAACCCGAGAGGGGAAUUCCACUGGUUGUGAAGAGAAUGAAAGAAAUGAAAGGAAAUAAAAGAAAAAGCUACUUUGAAAUAAAAAUGCGUGUUCCAAAAAGUCCUAAUCCCGACUACGCACCUCGUCCCCUGGCUUUGGGUAAAGGGGAUCUUCUGUCUGGAGAUGAACCAAAAAUUAACAUAAAGAGAUUUGAACUUGAAGUAGAGGAAGAAGUAACUGUCGACUUUCAUGACAAAAUAUUCCCAAAAAUGAGUCCAGAUUUGGAGAGAAAAUGUGCAUACAUUGGCCACCAUUUCCCAGCAGCUAAGAACAUCAUGGAUUUAGUUUCUGUAUACGUCUCUGACUCACAGGGAGAGGAAAAUUAUCACCUCCGUAUUGUACAUCAAGUCGCGUGUUUGGUGAAAAGGAUGCACGAAAAACGUUGGCUAUUGGUCGAUUUAACUGGAAAGAGCAUAUAUAUUCAAGAAGAAAAAGAUUUUAAGGCUUGUCAAUUACGAAUAGGACGGAUGUUGAGACUACCAUCUGGAGAGGAUAGCAUAAAGUGUGCUAGAAAACUGGAAGAUAUUAUGCACUGGCUUCCAAAGGAGGUGAUUGGUCACGGUGAAAUUUCCACAGGAAGUGACGUUUAUACAAUGGCCAUGCUGUUUUACGAGUUUUACAUGGCGGUCUCUGGAAAUGAUCAGCUACAAUCUGUACCCUUUUCCUACAAACACAGAUCUCAAAUAUUAAGCCAUUUAAAUGACGGUCAUUUUCCUGAUCGGCCACCUGCCUGUCCGGAAUGGUUAUACGAGAAAGUGAUGAAGCCAUGCUUUGACCAGGACAGAACCAGUCGACCGUCAGCCGCAGAUAUUGAGAGCAUCAUAGCAAGAAAGAUUACAGAAAUCAAUGAAAGAAAGAAAGACACGGAGGUCGAUACGUAUGACAGUUUUGAAAUCCAAGCUUAUCAAGAUGCGAUCUCAGACAAAAGAGCUAGUAGUGGAGAAAGUGACGAAGAUUAUAUUUAUGUAGAGAAACAUCAGCCUACAGUUUUAUGUAGUGGAGCACUGUCAUCAGAGAAGAACAGAUAUUAUAAUGAUGAAAGAAUCUCCGAAGAAAUGAUUCUAGAUACAAAUGCAUCAAAUGGCACCCAAUCCUCAGCGAGAAAAGAAUCUUUAGAAUUAAAGCAAAAGAGAGGAAUUGAGCGUGCUCAUACACGUGGUGAUCAGUCUUUUGGAAAAUUAGAAGACGUUCCAAAUCAUGUACUGUUUUCUCAAUCAGGAGGGUUUGAUGCUCGAACCGAAGAAACAAACACCUAUAGUGAAAUUCCAGAUUACGAUAAUGAAACCAUCCUUUACUCAAAAAUGAAUAUGUUGGACUAA